AUGCACCACCAAAUAUCACCGGCAAUUCUAUACUGGGGCACCCCCGUCGUCCUCAUCACCAGCGAAAACGAAGACGGUACUUCCAACAUCGCUCCCAUGUCCUCUGCGUGGUGGCUCGGUGAUCGAAGUAUGAUCGGACUUGGCAGCUCAGCCCAAACUACCAAAAAUAUCAUACGUACCAAGCAAUGCGUCUUAAAUUUGCCUUUCGAGGACAUGACGGCCCAUGUCAAUUCACUGGCACACACGACGGGCGCGAAUCCAGUGAACGCUUGGAAAGAGAGUGUCGGAUACCGUUUCGUCAAGGACAAGUUUGCCCAUGCAGACUGA